AUGCUGCGGUACGUUCCAUGUUGCUAUAUGGGUGACAAACCCGGUCGUUGCGAGCCGUUGCUGUCAGUAUUCAUAAUGAUGAAAGACCCACCCAGGGCGAUGGCUGACGAUAACGAAUGGAAAAAACUUCCUACUCUUAGCAAAGUGCAGCAUCAGCAAUGGAAGGCUCGCGCAGAGGGCUACGCAGAAGCACAGAAGCUCUUUACAGUGCAGGACUCGGAGACUGCACCGGUAUUUAACGAAUAUGUCAGCCUGAUGAAGACAUUUGUUGCUGAAGCAAACGCCAUUGCCCAAGAGUCUGCAUUGGAUUGCGUGCUAGCAUUUCUGGAGUCCGCAGCUAUAGCACCAAAAUGUGCCCCUGAUGUCUCUGCAGCUCUGGUUUCCAAGGGGUUGAGUUCCGCUCGGGCGAAAUCUAAGGACAAGGCAGUUGAAUGUCUGUUACAGUUGGUUGAAAUCGAACGUCACGAGGUGGUUUGUGAUGAGCUGAUUAAAGGCCUGUCGAACAAAAACCCCAAACUUGUGGUUGCAUGUUUACAAACAAUACGGAAAAUUCUAAAUUUGUUUGGUCCAAAAGUUGUUCAGCUCAAACCGUUGAUCAAAGAGUUCUCUCGGCUGUUUGAGGAUCGUGAUAAAAAUGUACGUGAGGAGACCAAGAAUCUUAUUGUGGAAUUAUACCGAUGGAUUGGACAGGGCUGCAAGCCUCUGAUGACUGAUUUGAAGCCGGUUGUGGUAUCCGAGAUAAACACACUUUGUGAAAAUCUCCCACCAGAAAAGCCUGUCCCUCAACGUUAUCUGAAAAGUCAGAAGCCGAAAUUCGAUAGUGCACCAGUUGACACGUCUGGAGGUGGUCCUACGGACAGCGCGCAUGCACCAGAUCAAGAACAAGUAGAUUUGGAAGAUUUGAUUGCUCCUGUCGACGUGUUGUCGAACAUCCCCAAUGACUACUGGACAUGGAUUGUGAGUCUGACUGAAAAGAAGUGGCAAACUCGGCAGGACGCUCUGAAAGCCUUACAGAAGGUGUUAGACGUUCCGCGCAUUCAACCGGGCGAUUUUGGGGAAUUGGUCAAAAGCCUCACACACGUCGUUAACAAGGAUACAAACGUGGUUCUGGUCACUCUGGCGACCGAGAUUCUUGGUCAGCUGGCCAAUGGUUUGAAGAAGAAAUAUGCUCCGUAUGCCCAACACACUGUGAGCACUUGUUUGGGGAAAUUUAAAGAACGAAAGCCGACACUCAUCACUGCACUACGAACCACCAUCGAUACAGCAAUGAAGGCGACCACUCUGGAUGUCGUAGUGGAGGAUGUUGUAUCUGCUCUUCAAGAUAAAUCUCCCAGCAUUCGAGCCGAGACGGCGCUUUUCCUCAGUCGCUUGUUUCCUCGGUGUACGCCGGCCAUGCUUAGUAAGAAAUUACUCAAAACGCUCACCGUGGCGUUAUGUGAAACUUCGAAAGACACAUCCGGAGAUGUGCGGGAGAACAGCUUCGCGGCUCUCGGGGCUGCAAUGCGUGUUGUUGGUGCGAAGAGCAUAGAACCGUUCUUAGGAGACUUGGAUGCAUUGCGGAUGGCAAAGGUGAAAGAACAUUGUGAAGCACCCGCUGCUGAGUCGAAAGAUGGCGCCAGCAAAGGUGCUGGAGAGGGUCGUCCAGGAACUGGGUCGGAACAAGAAAAACCGGUUACCAAACGUCCAGCCACAGCCAAACCCUCGUCUAAAGAUGGUGGCGAUGACAAUACUGCAGCAUCGGACGCUCCUUCCAGGCCAGCAACCGCGGCAUCAGUCAAGCGGAAACGCCGCCUGCUGCUAAGCCCUCCACAGGGGCUGGGAAAGCCACAGCAUCGGCCGCUCCCACCAUCCCAACAGAGACUCUUCUGUCCGAUGAACAAUGUGCACAAAAAGCUUCUGAUUAUGCGAAAACCUGGUUUGAAGGACACCAAUAUCGUAGUGUUACGGUCUCGUGUGGAACUGCUGCAAUCUGUGCUGGAUGCGGCGAAAUCCGUGUCUUCCAACCUGUCGGAACUUCUCAUUCCAGAACUCCUAGACAAGAUUGGCGAUGCCAAACUCUGCGAGUUGAUCAAAGCUGUGUUAACCACCUUGGCCGAGCGGUGUGACUUUCCCUUUGUUGGCUCACAGAUUCUGAAAUCGGUGAACCAGCUGAAAAAUCCACGUUCACAGGCAGACACGGUGAACUGGUUGUCACAGGCUAUCCGGGAAUUCGGCAUGAAAUUGUUUGGUGAGGAAUUGCCCGCCCAACUCAGCUCUGCAGAUUGGAAGGAACGAAACGCAGCUGUCCAAGAGUUACAAUCACGGUGUACUGCAAUCGGUUUGUCCGACCUGCCUACUCAGGUCGUAUGCCGGACAGUUAUGCGAAAACCUGGUUUGAAGGACACCAAUAUCGUAGUGUUACGGUCUCGUGUGGAACUGCUGCAAUCUGUGCUGGAUGCGGCGAAAUCCGUGUCUUCCAACCUGUCGGAACUUCUCAUUCCAGAACUCCUAGACAAGAUUGGCGAUGCCAAACUCUGCGAGUUGAUCAAAGCUGUGUUAACCACCUUGGCCGAGCGGUGUGACUUUCCCUUUGUUGGCUCACAGAUUCUGAAAUCGGUGAACCAGCUGAAAAAUCCACGUUCACAGGCAGACACGGUGAACUGGUUGUCACAGGCUAUCCGGGAAUUCGGCAUGAAGUUACCGCCACAGGAUCUCAUCGCCGCAUUACGGAGUGGUCUAAACGCUACAAACCCUGCAGUUCGUCAAGCAACUAUAUCUUUGGCGGGCUCAAUGCAUUUGUUCAUGGGAGACCCUUUACGCAACUUGCUUGCCGAUGAGAAGCCAGCCAUCGUCUCCCUUUUGAGUGCCGAGUUUGAGAAGAAUGCUGGCCAAAAACCGCCGGCUCCCAUUCGUGGUCAGCGCAGUGGAACUUCAGGAAUUGCGGGUCAAGGAGACGAGAACGAGGGGGCUGAGGGGGUCACAGAACCCGUGACAGAGGAGAUCGAUGCCGAGUCUUUCCUGCCUAGAGUUGAUAUCCGGGAUAAACUCACUCCAAACAUACUUGAAGGUUUGGGCAGUAAAGCAUGGAAAGAGCGACAGGAGGCAUUGAAUCAGAUACAGGAGAUACUUCAGUCGGCCAAACACAUCGAAGGUUCCAGCGGAGGCCUACAACCAACUUUCAACGCCCUGGCCAAAUUGUGCUCGGAUGCGAACAAGAUUCUGAGUAAAACAACCUUGACCUUACUAGGGGAGUUUGGCAAAGCUUUACCAAAAUCCGACGCUUCUGGCUAUUUGAAGGUGGUUGAGCCUGCCAUUUUGUUGUGCCUUGGCGACUCCAAAGUUCAGAAUCGCGAGGCUGCCCGCAAUGCCCUGUGUGCCUGGCAAUCACGAGUCCCGUUCUCUGCAUUGGUAGAAGACGAAAUGAUCUCCGAGGCACUUAAAUUAGAGAAUCCUAAUCUCCGGGCUGAAUUACUUAGCUGGCUUACGGCUGCCCUGACCGACCUACCAGUUAACUACCGCCGACAGCUUCCGCCAAAUUUGACGGAAACACUCAUGCCUCAGGUCUUCGCUGCAAUGGAAGAUCGUAACCCAGAGGCUCGUAAGCAGGCUCAGCUGUCUCUUCCUCAACUGAUCCGUGUGCUUGGUUGGGACGCAAUAGCCAAAGCCGCUGGAAGGCUCAAAUCCACUUCCAAGGACGCAGUCAUGCCGCAUUUGGAGAAGGCACGGGAAUCGGUGAAAGAUUCGAUUGCGUCCAAACCAGCAGCAGAAACAAAGAAACCAACGAUUCGCGGUGGCGGCGGUGGUGUGGCUUCUUCCAAAGCCGAAUCGGCACCACCCUCACCUCCUCCUGAAGACUCUGAGGAUACUACCUCCUCGUCAGCUGCUCCUUCGGCCCGUGGUUCCAAGAAAAAACCGGAUCCAAAGAAGCCAGCUUCCGCAGCCUCAUCGAAACGUCCCGUUGCCGAGGAGCCUCCAGUCGUGGUUCUGAUGCAGGCCAACAAGACAGCAAAAGCUGCUCGUCUGGCAGAUGAAAAGAAACGCAAGCUUCUGAAAUGGGAAUUCGACACCCCGACUCGGGAACAUGUGCAACAACUCAAUCAACUUUUUGCCGCGGCUGGCACUGCUCCAGACCUGCAUGCUUUGCUAUUCCACACAGAUUUCAAACAGCACCUCAAGGGGUUGGAUCAACUGAAUCGGUUUCUGGAUACCCCAGAGGGUGAGGAGGCUACCCUUGUCAAUAUCGAUCUAAUUCUGCGAUGGAUUGUCCUACGAUUCUUUGAAACCAAUCCUGUGGUGAUUGGCCGAUGCUUGGACUAUGUCACCAAACUUUUCUCUCAGCUCAGCGAAUCUGGAGUAAGCCUGACCGAACAUGAUGUGGGCACCUUCCUGCCCUUCUUGGUGCUCAAAGCCGGUGACUCAAAAGAUGCUGUACGACAGAGUGUGCGGGGUAUUUUCCGUGUGGUUGUCAACCUCUAUCCGCCAAGUCGACUGUUUUCCGCGUUGGCCAAUGGAAUGAAGUCCAAGAUCAACAAAACCAGACAAGAGUGCAUAGACGAAAUGGGUUCGUUGAUCGAACGGUUUGGCGUCAAUGUUUGUCAGCCCUCCGUCCCUGUGGCUCUGAAAACAAUCAGUCAACAGAUUGGAGACCGGGACAGCGGAGUUCGAACGGCAGCGCUAAAUUCUCUGGUUUCAGCUUAUGCACUCGUGGGUGAACAGUUGUGGAAGAUCAUUGGGAACUUGUCAGACAAGGACCGUACAAUGUUGGAAGAACGCAUCAAACGUGCUGGACGACAGCCAGUGAGCUCAUCCACCGAGCCCUCGGAACCCGUAUCUGCCAGAUCGAUUGUCGAUCGCAGAAACCGAGAUCCCUCUGAUCCUCGGCAACCUCCAGAAGUCGCUAGAAUGGCCCCCAAAGCAGCUGCACCCAUGUCUAGUUGCCACCAACGAGCUCUUGCAAUGCUGAACGAACUGGGCGAUUUGUCCCCAGAGAAGGCACCCAAUAUGCCACAGUUAAAUAACUUGGAUGCCGAUAUCUCCGACCUUUUCCAACCUAUCGAACUACCCACAUUGAAGACCCACGCACGUCAGUCUGUACUGAACGCUUUGCUUCGCACCAGCCCUGAUACAGCCUCCGCGAUCACCAUGGUUGUGACAGCCAUUUCUUCCAGUGAUUUCCUCGUCAGUUGCCACGCCCUUGCUGAAUUGGAUAUGGUUUUGCGGGAUGACAAAUGGAGUCUUUUGGUGAAUCACGUGAACCAGAUCCUCAUGCUGAUCACAAUGCAGUUGAAACAGGUGACCACGCGGUAUUUCGGCGACCCCACGGUGUCGGGUGAUGAGCUGCGCACGUUGCUUCGUUGUCACCUUGCAACCAUAGAUUCACUCUUCCAGCGAACCACCUUGGCUCGUGAAGCUUCCCGAGAAACAUUGCGCGAGCUCAUUCAAGCCUUGCUGCAGGUGAUGAUUGAUGAACGCACCACAGAAAUCCCGGACGGCGAGAAUGUUAUCCGAGCGAUCAACUCCCUGUGCAUCCGCAUUAUCGACGCAGCAAACGGAACAAGGGUUCUCAGUGCCUUCAUCCGCUUGUUGCAUGAGUCGGUGAGCAACGGGAAUUUCACCAACCGGUUCACACAAUCCGUCAUGAAAACCCUGUGGAGAAUUACCAAAGGGAUGGAGUCAGCUGAGAACAAUUAUUCUUUCGAUGUCAUCCUGCUGGAUUGUCACCACUUCCUCAAAGCGUUUCCAUCCGCCUCGUGGAAAACAAGAAAAUCCGACGUCCCAAUUCGUACAAUCAAGACCUUGUUACAUGUGAUGUGUCGGAUGCAGGGACCUUCGAUUUUAGACCUUUUGGAAACGAUCCCCAACAAGGAAGACUCCGAACUGGAAGCCUAUUUGAACCGCACGCUGAAAACGAUUGGAAGCAGUGGCCCUUCCGCAACAGUUUCUUCUUCCGAUCGGCCGUCAGUCAACUCGGAUACACGGAACAAGAACACUUUGCCUUCGGCGGCCACUCGGGAAAAACUGACGGAUAUCUUCAAGAAGAUUGGUUCUAAUGAACCGGAAGAGGGUUUGAAUGAGUUGUAUGACUUUACUCAAAUGUAUCCCGAGAUGGACUUGUCCGUGUUUCUCUCAAAAACCAGUCAGUUCUUCCAAACCUAUAUCAAACAAGCCUUGAAAAAUAUCGCAAUUGAACGUGCACGUCGGACCAAAGAUUCCGGCGGUUUCGCCGCUGGCGACGGGAACCGACUUCGUGCUUCCAUGCCGGGUCCGCUAAGUGAGCUGAUCACUGACGCAUCUGGCGUAGAUCCGAAAGUGUUCAUGAAUCGUUUGGCCCAGCUUCGACGCGAACUAGGUCUGGGCGGUGUCUCCACAACGAAUGUGGAUGAUGAACCUGGUGAGCCACUGGGAGCCACACAAAUGGACGGCGUAGAGAACACAAUACGGAGCCCUGCCCUGGAGGCCACCUUGCGGAAUAUGGUCAGUCCGGCUGAUGCCCCUGUUCAGGCUGAAUCCUCACAACCAGAAUCUCGACCGACGAUCUCAGCAAACGAGCUAUUAGAAAUUCGUCGCCGUCUUGAACGCAUCAAGAGUGGCCAAGUUGUUUGAAACUUCGCAACCCUUCCAGAUUCCUCCUCACUCGAAUGACUAGAACUCUCCCCGCCACUGACUUGCAUUGCCCGCGCUCCUGCUGUUUUUCUCCUAUUUGUUGGCUCCUUCCAUUUGUGUAUAUUCUCUAUGUAUUUUUCAACCAGCCACAGACAGACCGGUUCACAGCUGUCAGUUGUUGUGCGUCAGCAUGGCAUCUGAAUAAAUAUUCGCCUAUAUUUUCACUCACCUUUCUUUCUCUCUGGAUACAUAGAUGCAGACUUUUGGUGCCCGAAGUUGGCCGUUUUGCUUCCACCCGUGAUUUCUUUCGACCACAGUGCGCUUGCAUUGCCCGCGCUCCUGCUGUUUUUCUCCUAUUUGUUGGCUCCUUCCAUUUGUGUAUAUUCUCUAUGUAUUUUUCAACCAGCCACAGACAGACCGGUUCACAGCUGUCAGUUGUUGUGCGUCAGCAUGGCAUCUGAAUAAAUAUUCGCCUAUAUUUUCACUCACCUUUCUUUCUCUCUGGAUACAUAGAUGCAGACUUUUGGUGCCCGAAGUUGGCCGUUUUGCUUCCACCCGUGAUUUCUUUCGGCCACAGUGCGGAUCCAGC